CAACAAUUUUAUGAUUGUAUUUCAUGAAGAACAAGAUGAUCACAACAGAUUUUUUUUAAGGAAUCAAUUCACAGAGAUUUAUUUAAAAAUAUCACCCACUUUGUGACAAGGAAAUUGAAACAUAAUACCAUGGGAAAGUGUUACCGGUAUUGGAUUUGUAAAGUUGCUCUUCUGUUACAGUAUUCAAUGCAAUAUAGCACACUGGUGGUAAUUACAUGUACCAUGAUGCUACACAAGUAAUUUAAUUAGAUUGGGAAGUACUGUGUAUAGCACAAUUAAAAUCUUUACAAAGGUCAAUGCAUUGGAUUCACAUGUUUGUGAUACAUUUAAGUAAUUCAUUAUUUGUACAGUCAUGCCCUGGGACAACUAUCUUACUAAUAAUGAAAUAGUAAAUAAUAAAUGAAAGUUCAAAGUGGAUAAGCAGUGUUUGCCCAUUUAAGUCUGCAGUCAACAGAAGAAAGUACAGUGUAAUUUACUUACCAAACAGUCUGGUGACAUGCCAUAUCUGCAAAAGUGUACACUUUUUAUCAACUGGAUACAAAGUUUGGGUCAUACUAAAAGACUUCAGGGAAACUUUAGAAUAAUUAAGUUAGAGUUGAAAAUUGAUGUCUUAAAAUUUUGAAUUUCCUCAGUUUGAAGAUUUGUGCACAUGUAAAUGGCUACCAUGGAAUUCAGGCUGAUUGUUGCGGCGAAGUGGCAAUGGAGCUGCAAAACAGUAUCAACAACAACAACAACUUUGCAUUCCUCCAGCCACACUGUGGCAACCACCAGCUGCUGAACUGUGGGAUAUGUCACCAUCGCUAUAGCAACCCGAAACUCCUGCCCUGUCUGCACUCGUUCUGUGAGCAGUGCCUGUACAAGUACAUCCCUGAGCAGAGUCUCUCUGUGACGUGUCCCGUGUGUGGUCAGCAGUCCAUACUGCCUCUGGACGGAGUCGCUGCUUUGCAGGCCAAUAUCUUCAUCAACAGCAUCAUGGAUGAACAUGAUAAAGCAUUACCAGAAACAUGCUCAAGUUCCCAUAGCAAUGGGCAUGAUGACCACACCCUGGUAACCCCACCUAUUGAGUCCACUCAACUCUCCAACCAGGAUGCAUCUAGCCGCCUGGUAUGCACCAACCACAAAGGAAACUCACUAGAGUUCUUCUGCACCGCUUGUGACACUGGCAUAUGUUCUGAGUGUACCACAAGUGAACACGCUGGCCACACUGUGGCCCCAUUAUCGGAGGCAAUUGAGGAACACCGCUCUUCUCUCUCUGACCUUAUUUUAGGGGCCAAAGAACAAAUUCCUCUUCUUCAGGAGGCUAUAAAUAGUAUCACGGAAAUAACGCAAUCACUUGUGAGCCAAAAUGAGGUGGCUGAAGCAAAAGUUACGGAGACAUUUGAUGAGAUUGUAAAACUCAUGAAUGAACGAAAGGAAACACUUUUGAAAGAUUUGAACCAAUUGUAUAAUAAAAAACAUGAAGUUUUGACAACUCAAAAGGAAAACCUUGAAAAUGUGAUUUCAAGAAUAAACACUUGCUGUGCAUUUACAGAAGAUACUCUUUCAAGUGGGAGUGAUAGUGAAAUAUUGUUGGUAAAGAAGGAAAUGUGCCAUAAGCUUCAUGAUCUGAGCACAAACCUGAUUAGGAAGGAGCCAGAAGAAAAUGAGUUCAUAUCGUUUGAUAAUUCCCAGUGUCAAGGUUUGAAGAAAUCAAUUGGAAACAUGGGAUACAUACGGAAUAACAGUGCAGUGGCAUUUAAUUCUGUUGCUACAGGAGAAGGUUUGCGACAUGCUGUAGUCAAUAAGCCAGCAAUUAUAGCUAUUACCACAAAGGACCGCAAGGGAGAUCUAGUCAAAAUAGGACAAUCAGUUAUAGACUCUGAGCUUACUGCUUCAAAUGGAGAUCGUAUUAUUCCAGCAAUAACCGACCAACAAAAUGGGACAUAUGAAUUGGUGUAUUUAUUACCAAGAGAAGACAACUAUAACAUGUAUAUAAAGCUGUUUGGUCGCCAUAUCAAAGGUUCUCCCUUUAAAGUGAAGGCAGUGAAUGCCUGCAUUGAUGGACAACAAGACACUGCCUCCAACACUUCAAAAAUUCCAAGAACUGUUGCUGUGAAACAGAAAGGCACCAAACGACCUUCAAGUUCAAGGUCAGGCUCAAAUAGAAAGAGCCAUUUAAUUGAAGAUGACCUAUUGUGGAAAGCAGGUGUCAAAGGACGAAAUAAAGGGGAGUUUACCAAUCCUCAAGGUGUUUGUUGCACAGAAAGUAGAAUACUAGUUGCCGAUAGUAACAAUCAAGUUGCCCAGGUGUUCACCUUUUCGGGCGAGUGCAAAUUAAAGUUUGGUUCUGCAGGUCGAGUGGCGGGGAAACUUCAGAGACCUACUGGAGUAGCUGCUACUCUAAAUGGAAAUUUCCUUGUAGCUGAUUAUGAUAACAAGUGGAUUAAUAUAUUUGCUCCUGACGGUAGAUAUCUAAAUAAAAUUGGAACUGGCAAAUUGUUGGGUCCAAAGGGUAUUGCUGUGGACAAAAAUGGACAUAUUGUUGUAGUGGACAAUAAAGCCAGUGCUGUGUUUAUAUUUCAGCCCAAUGGUAAACUUGUGACCAAGUUUGGUUCCCGUGGUAAUAGUGAAUCUCAGUUUGCUGGUCCCCACUAUGUAGCUGUGAAUGCCGUCAAUGAUAUUAUCGUGUCUGAUUUCCACAAUCACUGUAUAAAAGUGUUUGACUGUGAGGGCACGUUUCUGUUUGGGUUUGGCUCAAAUGGAGAAGGCAAUGGUCAGUUUAACGCGCCAACAGGCGUUGCUGUGGAUGAGUAUGGAAACAUUUUGGUUGCUGACUGGGGAAACUCCAGAAUACAGGUGUUCGACAGCAAUGGCUCAUUCCUGAGCUACGUGAACACGUCUGCUGAUCCAUUGUACGGGCCACAGGGUCUAGCUGUUUCCCCUGAAGGUACAGUCGUUGUUGCCGACUCUGGCAACCACUGCAUCAAAGUCUACAAGUACCUGCAAUAAGGAAUACUGGAUGCUGAAUACUAACCACAUUAGAGAUGGCUGUUUUAUGUGGAGUGUGGCUUAUGAUGCACCCAAGGAUUAGAAGGCAUUAAGCAUUCCUUUUGCCCAUCCGUCUGUACGCCUGCACUUCCUGAUGCUUGUAUUUUACACCCCUCUUUAACUACUGGGUGGAUCUGGCUCAAACUUGCACAGUUGAAUGACUUUAUGAGAUGAUUGUAAAUAAACAAUUUGGGUUGCAACAUUGUUAGAAUUAGAAAUAUUUGACUGUGUUCCUCAAUAUAAUAUAUAGUUCCAUAUGUUUGUGCUUUUAACUAUUCUUUUAUUACAGUGUGGUUUUCACUUAACCUGCACAGUAGAAUGACCUUAAUUUGUUAGUGAUUUUUCAAAAUGGAAUUAUGGCCGUGUCAAGUUUUUCAGAAUUAUGCACUUGUUUCCUUUUAGUUAUAUACUACAUAGGUCCAAACUUUUUGUGUUUUCAGCUCUUCUAACUUUCAAUUUGGAGAAUAAUACUCAAACUUUCACAGUUGAAAGACCUUUUUGUGUAAACGAUUGUUAAAAACAAUUUAAAUUGGGACCAGUUUUAAGUGAAUUAUGAUCCUUUGUCUUUUUGUCCACAAUAGAAUAUAUAGUUGCUUUGUUUUUUUCAAAGCAUGUGUUGUGUAGUGUAUAGUUCUAGUUUUCACUGAUUCUAGCCAUUGUGUUCAAGACUUCAAAUACAUUCAAGAAAUAAACACUGGACACAGAAAGGAACAUUAUUUGUCAUUUAAAAGAGUUUCAUUCUGUAUUAUACCAUCAACUGUUUUCUGAAAUGUGUGAACUGUUCUUAAUUUCAUGAAAUUUAAUUAUUAUAAUGGCAAAUAUUGUAAUUGUGUUUGUAAUAUCUCACAAUAGAUAUAUCAAUGUCGAGAAAGCUCAUGUUUAUGCCCUUUGUGAAAUUGCUGUAUUUGCUUGUAUUUUGUCUCUCUUUAAAGUUAUAUAUUCACAUGCUUGGCUUAAGUAUAUUCCAUUUGACUUCAUAGACUAAGCGGUGACAUUUAUGUUAAUUUCAAGAAGAAACUGUGUUAGAUAUUCUUAAUGGUUUAUGAGAAACACAUCUCAAAAAGGUUGUCAGAUCAUUGUUAGCUGAUUUUUCUGUUUGCCAUUUUAUGUGGUGAUAUUGUAUGUUGACAGCAUUUGUAAUACAUUUUGAUCAUUCCACUUGUGAAUGUGACAAUUUGUUGCUGUUUUAAUUCUUUGAAGUGAUCAAGUGCAAAGGUCUUGUUAUUUGUUAGCAACAUUCCAUGUAUUGGGCAUGUGCUAAAUGUAAUUGAGAGAUUAUUAUGCCUUCUGGUGAAGCUUGUAUUGUUAUUGGAAUAAAACACUGUUGCCAUGUAA